AUACAUAUUAUUAAUUUAUUAUGAUUUCAUAACAAUUAUUAUGACUUAUGAGUACUACUCUAUCUCCACUGUCCACUACUGGAGUAUCUACAAUAGUAGUAUAAUACCGUUGUCCGUUGAUAUUUAGAUAUUUAGAUAUAUAUUUUGUUAUUAAGUUGUACAAUGACUACGAAACAAGACAUGAAGCGUACACGAACAAAAAACUUUUCAGAACAGGAGAAACAAUUGUUAAUAACAUUAAUAACGCCUUAUAAACAUGUUAUUGAAAACAUUAAAACUGAUGGUUUUAAUAUAAAACAAAAAAACCAAUCCUGGGCAGUUGUCACAUCACAAUUUAAUGAUCGAGUAGAAAGUGGGAGUAGAACUGUACAGCAGCUUAAAACACUUUAUGAUAUGAUCAAAAGACAAACCAAAAAGAAUCUCAGUAAUGAAAAGGUGAUAAUGUAUAAAAUAAUGAAACAAAUAACUCAUGAAGAGCAAUGUUUAAUUGUGGACCUAGUACAAUCGCAUCAUUCAGAACUCUUUACUGGUAGACCAUAUGAACAAGAAGAAGCAUGGAUAAAUAUUUGUGAAACGUAUAAUUUACAUCAAACCACAGGGCCAAGGGUAAUGGAGGAAUUGAAGUUUAUUUUUGAUCAUUUGACUAAAGCCGCUAAGAUUGAAAAUAGUACCGAUAAGAUUGGAAGAUAUAAAACUGGUGGAGGAACAUUUACUAAAAGUAUGACAAGUAUCAGCGAACAGAUUUUAGGAGUUAUUACUGAAAGAACUGAACCUCUUGUAAAUAAAUUUGAUGAUGACGUUAGUUAUAUAACUACAGAUAUUAGAAGUACAUGCCAAAAGAGUGCUGAAUAUACACUCAAGGAUCAUCACAACUUAGAAAAUGUGGAUGUGGAAGUUGUACAUUUUGAUGAAAACGUUGAGGCACUUGAUGUUACUUUUGAUAGUUUGGGUUAUACUGGCAGUACUAGAAUUAAUUGGAAUAAUCUCAGUCCUGAAACAAUAACUCAUGACACAACUAAUAUCUCACCACAAUUAAUUACAAAUAAUGCCACUACAAAUACAGCUAAAACCAAGUCAUAUAAUUCUCAUUCAUCAAUCACCCCAUUAAAAGAUACCAUCACUAAAAAACGAUCAUCUCAAAAAAAAAUUUGUGAUGGUUUAGAAGAGUUGACCCAAAAUAAAAUUAAGAAAGUGCAAGAUAAGGGACGUAUUUCAUCAGAGUUAGAUGACAUUAAACUAAAAAAGUCCAAAUUAGAGCUACAAUCAGCAGAGGUAACCUUAGAAAUACUACAAACAGAACUUUUAACCAAACAAAUAGAAAUGGAAUCUAAAAAAAACCAAAUGCUACUUCAAGAGGAAAUAUUAAACUUACAAAAACAUAAAAUGUUGAAUAAUUGAAUAUUUCAUACUACUUAUAUAUAGUAGUUUAUUAUUAGUUUGUGAUAUAAUAUUUGUAAUUGUUCAAUUUACAAGACAUUGAAUAGCGUUAAAAAUUGAUGUUUAUUUCUUAUUAUAAAAUUAUAAAUUUUGUUUCUGUUAUUAAACAAUUGUUUUUUUGAUUUAAUUAUUAUUAUAAAACAAAAGUCAUG